UCUCCAGUCCCUUCCUACAUCUCUUCCUGUCUAUCGUUAUGGCCCCUUACGCUGCAAUUCUGCAGCUCUCCCUGCUGGGUUUCGCUAGCCAGGUCUCUGCUGCUGCCAUUGAACCUAGAGCUUCCACUCCCUAUGCUCCAGUCUCCGCAAGCUGCCCCAGCACUCCUCUUGUCCGUACUGCCAAUGGUCUCGGCUCGUCGGAAGCUGCAUACAUCGCAGCCCGCAAACCCAAAGCUGAUGCCGCUCUUGCUGCUUGGUUGCAGAAGACCGACUCUUCUUUCGCCACUACUGACCUCCCUACUGUCGGUUUGGUCCUGAGCGGAGGUGGUUACCGUGCUCUGCUUUCUGGUGCCGGUCUUAUUCAAGGUCUGGAUUCUCGUGACUCUUCUCUAUCUACCAGUGGUCUUUAUCAGGCCAUGACUUACGAGACGUCUCUUUCCGGUGGUGCAUGGUUCAGCACAUCUUGGACUGGACUGAACUGGCCCACCGUCUCUUAUUUGAGAGACAACCUGUGGUCUGAAUCUUUUGCCGAUUCGCUUCUCGUUCCAGCACGUCUUCUUUCCGCCGUUGCAUAUGCUGAGAUUGUCAAAGAUAUCGUAGACAAGGCCAAGGCUGGCUUCCAGCCCACUCUUAUCGACGUUUACGGCAGACUGCUCUCCUACCAGCUGCUAAGCACCAACUCUCAAGAUAUUCUGACCGAUGGUGCCGUCUCCAAGACCUUUUCCAGCGUGGCUUCAUCUUCCAACUUCACCAAUCACGCUGUUCCUUACCCCAUCAUCACCGCCAGAGGUGUGAACACCUUUGAAGGAUUAUGCAUUCCUCGUGAAAACGGAACACAAUACGAAUUCACUCCCCACGAGUUCGGCUCUUGGGACUCCGAUGUGAACGCAUUCACCCAAACCGCCUACCUCGGGUCCAGACUCACAAACGGAGCCCCCACCGUAUCAGGCAAAUGCAUCAAGAACUACGACAACAUCGGUUACGUAGCAGGCACCUCCUCCGCCCUCUUCAACAACUACUGCACCGCCCUCCCCGCAAAAAACAACACACAAUCACUCGCUCAAACCCUCCAAGCCAUCAUCCUCAACGCCCACAGCCCGGUCACCAGAGAUCUAUACGCUCCCUACCCUAACCCUUUCUACAAGUACCCUGCCUCCACGCUCACGAAUGCUCAAACGGAGAUCCAGAUCGUAGACGGCGGAGAAGGAGAUUCCGCAAUGCCAUUCUGGCCACUCAUCCAACCGGAAAGAAACGUCGAUGUCAUCAUCGCCGCCGACAAUGGCGCCGACACCGCCGAUGAUUUCCCCUCCGGCACAGCCAUCGUAACCGCAUACCAACAAGCGCAACUCCAAGGCCUAUCCCGUAUGCCUUUUAUCCCCUCUUUGGACUCUUUUGUCGCUCAAGGGUUGAACAAACAUGCCGUUUUCUUCGGCUGCGACACUGCGGAAACAGCGACGAUUGUGUAUCUGCCGAAUAACAAUUACACAUAUGCUUCCAAUAUCGAUACCGUGAUUAUACAGACUUCUGAGCAACAGACGGCUGGUAUUAUCGCGAAUGGAAAUGCCAUCGCUACGCAGAAUGGAGAGGAUGGGUGGGCGACUUGUUUGGGAUGUGCGGUUAUGAAGAAAACUGGCUCUGCUUUGCCUCAGGCUUGCACCGCCUGUUUCGACAAAUACUGUUAUAAGCAAUAGAAAGAUUGUCUUGUGACAAGGGGGGAAGAGAGAGAGACACGAAACAGAGGUCGUUUAGUAAUGCAUAGUUUUUGCACAUCUCCAUUUACGAUUUUUAUAAGAAUGUGUUUUUUUUUU